AUGCGUCCAACGCCAGUCCGUCUACGACUACCGUUGGUGGCUAGCGCUCCAUACAGGGCGAGAAUACCGCCUCCGCCGCAAGCGAAACUCCCCCGACUAACAGAGGGAGCGCCCCAGCUCGCCAAUACCCGGGUGGUCGACCUCAUCAACCAGCACGCUCCCGAGGACUCUAGUCAGCCGAUGAGGGAGAUUGCGGUGCCCCAGCUCGUGGAAGUGGGGCUACAGUGGCCUAGUCUACUCCAGUUUAUCCAGGGAGUCGAGGUCCAGCUCCCACCGGAGCGCCGGCUCGAGGUGGAGUCUCAGAUGAUGCAAACGGUAGCGAUGGACUCACCCGAGGACUACGUGCGGGUAUUUGACGUGAUGUGUGCUGGCAUCGACCGGGUGGCGAUGGUGAAACCGUUUCUACAACGAGUGGCGGCAGCGGUGGCCCCUCACGAUUCUCUAGCAGUGGUGGUGGAGCUGCUGGCGAUUACUCAGGUCAACGUGUGGCUUGAGGUGAUAAGCGCCACCCACUGGCAUUCUCAGCUUACCCCGAAGCUUGUGCGAAGGAUAUUGGCUGAGUGUCAGGCCAUAGGCGUCGUCGGGGAGAUGAGACGAUAUCAGGCGAUGUGGCAAAUUGCUGGCACGUUUGUCGAGCAGCACGCGUGGCCAGUGGUCGAGCUCCUCGAUGACGACGUCCGGAUCCCGAUGACAUCGAUGAUGUGUGAGUAUAUCGAGGCCACCAAUGGCGAGUUACGACCAUUUGUCAAAGCAGUUGCCAACCCUCAAAUCAAAGACGUUGUCCGCAGCUGGCAGAUGCGAGCCUCCGUCAGAGCCAAUGUCGACGCUCUCGGACCGCUUAUCCACUAUCAUCGGCGCCACCGGCGGCGGUUCAGCGCCAUCAUACCCACGAUUAUCGGCGGGCUCAUCGAUCAGCGGCAGGUAAGCGUCGCCGAAAAGCUUCUGCGGGUGCGCAGGGCAUUGUCGAUGCUCGACAAGCACGGGUACGCCGUCGAUUGGCCCGACCACAGCAAAUCGCAACUCCUUCUUCACCUUAGUCAGGCAUCGCGGGAGUGGUGCCACUCGCCAGAAGUGCGGCGUCACCUCGAGUAUGUGAGUGAGGUAAUGCUGCUUCGCGGCCACCCCGUUGUCGAGCUGGCGUUGCGAGGAUGA